GCCUACUACCCUACUUGCUCCUAAGGGAACUACAAGCUCCACAAUGCUCUAGGCAAUAGCGCAUGCUCGCAUUCUCCCAUGGAGCCAAAAUGGCAGACACAGGAACCGGUGGCUCCAAUAGCUCGGGCACGCGGUCAGGUGGCAAACACUCAACAACCCCGGCAGACAAUUAUUAUCUGGCUAGAAGAAGGACCCUCCAGGUGGUGGUCAGUUCACUGCUGACAGAGGCUGGAUUUGAGAGUGCUGAGAAGGCUGCUGUAGAAACCAUGACAGAGAUGAUCCAGAGUUAUAUUUCAGAGAUAGGGAGGAGUGCAAAAUCUUUCUGUGAACAUACUGCAAGGACUCAACCAACCCUUUCCGAUAUUGUUGUGACCUUAGUAGAAAUGGGAUUUAAUGUGGAAACCCUCCCUGCUUAUGCCAAACGGUCCCAGCGGAUGGUGAUCACUGCACCACCUGUAACUAAUCAGCCUGUGGCCCCAAAAGCCCUGACAGCUGGACAAAACAAGCCUCACCCAUCCCACAUCCCAAGUCAUUUCCCAGAAUUCCCAGAUCCUCACACUUACAUCAAGACACCGACUUACCGGGAGCCUGUCCUGGAUUACCAGAUCCUACGAGAAAAGGCUGCCUCCCAGAGACGAGAUGUUGAAAGAGCUUUGACCCGCUUCAUGGCAAAAACAGGCGAGACACAGAGUCUUUUCAAGGAUGAUGUCAGCACUUUCCCGUUGAUAGCUGCCAGGCCUUUUGCAAUACCCUACUUGACAGCUCUGCUUCCCUCCGAAUUGGAAAUGCAGCAGAUGGAGGAGACAGAUUCGUCCGAACAAGAUGAUCAAACAGACACAGAGAAUCUCCCCAUUCACGUGAGCACGGACGACUCAGGAGCUGAGAAGGAGAAUGCGUCAGUACUACAGCACAACACAUCCAUGACAGGCAGCCGAAAUGGAGAGGAGAACAUGAUAGACAAUCCUUACCUCCGCCCAGUGAAGAAACCUAAGAUCCGCAGGAAGAAGUGAACUGGGGCAACCUGACAGGAUGAACUAAAUUAGAGACAGCCAUGGGCCUUUCAGUGGUCCCUGUGCUGAUGUGGCACAGGAAAGGCAGAAAUGGACUGCUGGUUGAUGGACAGAUGGCAAGGUGGUCUUUUCCUCCCUUAGUGGUUUGUUAUAAAUUAACUAAAACCCUGUCUCGAAAGAACUGAAGGCCAUGUACACUGACAUGUAGUCAUGUAGUCAACAUGCUGCAGCUUGUGGUAACUGCAGCAUCUUUUCAUUCUUCAGGUGAACAUUUUUUUUUAGGGUUGUGGACAAAACUACAGAUAAUGCAGAAUGCUUCCUUCCAUUUCA